UAGGACAGAAAAACACAGCUACUGUACGUGAGAAGCAUCAGUCAUCUGCCACUGAGAGCGACAGAGAGACUAAGGAUGGUGUCUACUCUCUGCGUGAAGGUCUUCUUGCUUUGCGUUUUCUGGACAGUCACAGACGGAGCGUCUUCCACUGCGGUGACGGGCCGCACAGGAGGAAGCGUCCGCAUCAGGUGUGAAUACGACCAGCGCUACGACAACCACAUCAAGUACUUCUGCAAGGGCGUGGCCCCCGGCUGUGUGGAUGUGAUCUGGACGGACAGCAAACAGAAGCAGGGAAGGUACUCGCUGUUGGACAAUGGCGUGAGCUUCUUCCUGGUCACCAUUGCCCAGCUGAGUGAUGCGGAUGAGGGGGUGUACCAGUGCGCCGUGGACAUCCCUUGGGCAGUGGAUAAAUACACGGAGGUCUACAUAAAAGUGACUGACGGCCAUUCCACCAUCUCUCCAACUUCACACCCAGCUCCAUCUGUGGCCACCGCACCUCACCCAGAAGCUUCCUCGUCAAUGCCUGUGGUUUUCCCAGCGAGUGCUGCACCAGCGUCCUCAGGACCCACAGGUUCCGCAGCAAGUUCCACAGGGUUCUACCCAGUCACUGCAGUGCGUGGGAGAACGGGGCCAAAAGAAGGUUCUAGUGGAUUUGUCCAUUUCCAUCAAGUGCUGUCAGCCAUUGUGGCUCUGCUGGUCGUGCUGAUGGUGGCCAUAAUAAUACUAAUCAUACUACUGUGUGUGAAGAGGGACAAGUCAGCAGAUUCAAUAAACCUCCCUGCAUCUAUGGAGGCAACAAGUGUCAGCCCAUAAACACAGCUUUGCAGGGAUCUGAUGAGGAAGCAUGAGGAGUUUUAGAGGACUCAUCCCAGCACAGGUGACCACCUGACCAGCAGAGCACAAGGACCAGACCACCAAAAUCUUUUAGUACCAGUGAUGCUUAUUAACUCAAUUCAAAGAUGGUUGGCAUUGACAAUUGAAAAAUUAAAGCUUGACAUACCGGAAAAA